UGUUAAAGUUCCAUUUAGUAUUUUUGUAAGGACUGACUUUUAACUCAGUUCUCAGAGUAAAGGUGGUCAUGGUGCAAUUUAAAAAUACCUUGUAGAACACUCACAGUGCUGUGCUGCUAAUGAGGUUGCACAGAGCUUGUAGUUGUUAAUUAUUUGCCUUGUCUCCACAUGAUAGUAGUAGUGUUGGGGAAGGGAACUCUGUUUUGGUUUUUUUUGAACGAAAAUGAACUUUCUCCAUUAGAAAUACCCAGAUUGAAGACAGGGUUGUAGUUUUCAUUACUUCUAAGAGUUUAGGCUUGUGAUUCAAUGAUCAAGCUUUGUUAUAUAAUAUAGUAACUUAAAACAAAAGUGAUGCAAUUGGAAUUCAGACUUGUCAGGAAGAAGAGGAAUUAUAAUUUACAAGAACCUGAACGGCAUGAAAAUAAGGAAAAUUACACAUAACUUACUUUGAGUUUGUUGCAAUUGCAAAUAGCCAGCACAUAAAGAUUGUUUUAAAGUUAAUUUGUUAACUGGAAUGAUAAAGGAGCAUGUAAUCAACACAUCAGGCAGUUGGCUGUUGCUAUGUGAUGUUACUUUACAGAAAGUAUGCUAUUCUUUCUUGCUCUUGAAAUCUGCCUGCCUCCUUUUAUGCUUGGCUCUCCUGUCCCUGUCCUUUCCUUCUUCUCUCAAAUUCUUCCUGCAGAUAAGGUCCAAAAUCUCUGAGACCUGGAAAGUCCUGGCUCCACAGGAGUUGCUUGAGUGCUAGAAGAGGAGCAGUUCUGCUGGUAGUGGUGCUACAGCAGUUGUCCAGGCAGCGCUAUGCAAACCCAGGCAAGAACGUGUAGCAAUAAAGAGGAUCAACUUAGAAAAAUGCCAAACCAGUAUGGAUGAAUUACUUGUUAUACUACUGCCUAGAGACUGUGGGCUUUUUCUAAUGCAGAAAUUCCUGCCUCUGAAGGAAAUGAUCUCCUCAGCAGGGAAUUGCCAGUGCAAAAGAUAUCUUGAAUUUGAUACAGAGGGUAUGGUCCAUCCAGUUUCUUCAGAUAAGAUGGCUUGUUUACAGUGGAGGACCCAAAAUGCUCUUCCUAUGAAAGAAAUUCAAGCAAUGAGUCAAUGCAAUCACCCCAAUGUGGUAACGUAUUACACAUCUUUUGUGGUGAAGGAUGAACUUUGGCUGGUGAUGAAACUGUUAAGUGGUGGUUCAAUGCUUGAUAUAAUAAAGUAUAUUGUCAACAGAGGAGAGCACAAAAAUGGUGUCCUUGAAGAACCCAUAAUAGCAACAAUUCUUAAAGAAGUUUUGGAGGGCUUAGACUAUCUACACAGGAAUGGGCAAAUUCACAGAGAUUUGAAGGCUGGCAACAUUCUUCUUGGUGAAGAUGGCUCUGUGCAAAUAGCAGAUUUUGGUGUUAGUGCAUUUUUAGCAACGGGAGGUGAUGUUACUCGUAACAAAGUAAGGAAAACUUUUGUUGGUACUCCAUGUUGGAUGGCCCCUGAAGUAAUGGAGCAGGUGCGAGGUUAUGACUUCAAAGCUGACAUGUGGAGUUUUGGGAUAACAGCCAUUGAGUUAGCAACAGGAGCAGCACCUUAUCACAAAUACCCUCCUAUGAAAGUGUUAAUGCUGACACUUCAAAAUGACCCUCCUACUUUAGAGACAGGCGUAGAGGAUAAGGAGAUGAUGAAAAAGUAUGGCAAAUCCUUUAGAAAACUAAUUUCAUUAUGCCUUCAAAAAGAUCCCUCCAAAAGGCCCACAGCAGCAGAACUUUUAAAAUGCAAAUUUUUCCAGAAAGCCAAGACUAGAGAAUACCUGAUUGAAAAGCUUCUCACUAGGACGCCUAAUAUAGCACAAAGAGCAAAAAAGGUCAGACGAGUUCCAGGUUCCAGUGGUCACCUCCAUAAAACAGAAGAUGGGGACUGGGAAUGGAGUGAUGAUGAAAUGGAUGAGAAGAGUGAGGAAGGCAAGGCUGCUGUUUCUCAGGAAAAGUCACGAAGGGUGAAAGAAGAGGAGAGCACAGAGUCUCAGCCUGCUGUUAGUGACGAAUCCGGUGAAGUUCCAUGUGCAGUGAAUCUUGUUUUAAGAUUAAGGAACUCCAGGAAAGAACUUAAUGAUAUACGGUUUGAGUUUACUCCAGGCAGAGACACAGCAGAUGGCGUUUCUCAGGAGCUGUUCUCUGCAGGCCUGGUUGAUGGCCAUGAUGUAGUUAUAGUUGCUGCUAACUUACAGAAGAUAGUAGAUGAUCCAAAGGCCUUGAAAACGUUGACUUUUAAGUUGGCCUCUGGCUGUGACGGCACUGAGAUUCCCGAUGAAGUGAAACUGAUUGGGUUUGCUCAGCUAAGUGUCAGCUGAUGUCUGGCCCUGGACCCUAAGCCGAAUUGUGAGAUUGCGAAGAGGCCAGCUUAGAUGCAAAAGAAAAUUAAUGCACCACACACUGAGUUCUGCUUCAUUCUCUAGCAAGUCACAAAGUCAGAACAAGCAAAGCCCACAGCUACACCGCUGCUGCUAACAUUCAAAAUGCUACUAAAUGUCUCUUAGCAGUUGAUUUGGAUUCCCCCUAAGUGAAAAGCCUGUGGAAAUGCACUCAGGUGUCUGUAUUUAUUGGUUACAAAAGGAAUUUUCUAUCAAGCUUACUUCUUUCAUAAACUUUGAGUGAUACUAUUUUACCUGUACUUGUGGUUGAUAAUACUGCCUCUGUUCUGUUCUAUUUAGAAAUUGACAUAAAUGUAGAAGUUAAGAAUGAUUACCAAACUUGAAUUCUAGUUUUAAAACUGUGAAUUUUAUUUUUCAUAUAUUUAUGCAUUACACAUCCUAGUAAUAAGAAAAUUGUUUGACUUGAUUGUGUCUUAUUUGCAGUUAAUCUCCCAUUAUUUAAAAAAGUUUCAGGUAUGUCUUUGAAGUAUUUGGUAACUUCUGGGGUUACUUUGAAAUUAAUUAAUUAGGCGUUAGUAAGCUUUUGUUGGUUGUGUGUCUAAAAACCAGUCCACAAACAUUGUCAAGGGAGUGGGAGGUGCCUUGCAGACAUUAAUGUUUAAAGAAUGUGCCUGAGGCUGCUUAAAUAAAUAAUCUCCGUUUUCUAGAAGUACCGUACAUAUGGUACAAUAUAUGUAAGUAUAUAUAGUAAUCUGAGCAAAGAGAGGAUAUAUACAGUAGCAAAGGUGUUAGAGUAUUUUGACUACGCUUUAUUGGGGAGUCUAUGAGCUAGAACUGCAUUGAACUGUUGUCAUUAAGGUAGAGUGCUUACUGUGUCCAUCUCUGAUCCAAUUUACCCUUAAUGAUAAACACCGGUUUCAUACAGGUGGUAAAAACUUGAACAACAGAACUGAAGCUUUACUUGAAGUUCUGCAAAAUACCAAGGUGGAAUGAAAAUAAUAGGGCUUUGUGCAAUGAUCCAGUAAAACUCUGUUACAAAGACUUCUGAUCCAAGUAGUUUUGUGCUUAACCUGUGACAUAGAUGUUAUGGAGCUAGCAAACCUUAGAAAGACUUUCAAACGUGGAGACGUGUUUCUCGGAGGUUACAAUCUAAACUACUUCCUAGCUAAUCCUAGAUAAGCGGCAGCUCUUUAAUGUACUGAAAACAGCAAAUAUAUAUUAUUAAGAGAAGUUAUUUAUAAUGCCUUGUCAUAAUUGUUGAGGUGUUCUAGAGCCAUUUGCGUACGACUCAAUGUAAUCCCAUCCCAUCCUACUGUUUACAUGAUGAUUACUCCAAGAUGACUGCAAAGGUUCAAAAAAUAAAAAUAAAAGUGUAUUGCACAAA